CGCAUGCGCACUGCGCGUGAUGUGAUGGAGGUUUGUCAGGGGAAGGCUCUGCUGUUAGCUAAACAUCUCUACGAAGGUUGAGGUCAGCUAGAAGGGUUCUAUUCGACGAAGUCGGUAAUAAGGACUCCAGUCAGUCAAGAUGGCCUCUGACACACAGGCCUCUAGGGGUAUUAUGACCUUUUACCCCACUGUCGAGGAGUUCAAGAACUUCAGCCGCUACAUUGCAUACAUGGAGUCCCAAGGUGCGCACAAGGCAGGCCUUGCCAAGAUCAUCCCCCCAAAAAGCUGGAAACCCAGACGUUCAUAUGACGAUAUUGAUGACCUGUUAAUACCUGCACCGAUUCAGCAGGUUGUGACUGGACAAUCAGGGCUGUUCACACAGUACAACAUCCAGAAGAAGGCAAUGACAGUGAAAGAGUUCCGCAAAACGGCAAACAGUGACAAGUUUUGCAGCCCUCGAUAUGAUGAUUUUGAAGAGCUUGAAAGGAAGUACUGGAAAAAUGUAACUUUUAACCCCCCCAUUUAUGGAGCUGACGUGAAUGGUACCCUUUAUGACCUGGAUGUCAAAGAAUGGAAUGUGGGGCACUUGAAUACCAUACUUAACACUGUGGAGCAUGAAAGUGGUAUCACUAUAGAGGGAGUGAACACACCCUAUCUCUACUUUGGCAUGUGGAAAACCACUUUCGCUUGGCAUACAGAGGACAUGGAUCUCUACAGCAUUAAUUACUUGCACUUCGGCGAACCAAAGUCCUGGUACUGCGUGCCUCCAGAGCAUGGGAAAAGACUGGAGCGUUUAGCCAAAGGAUUUUUCCCUGGAAGUGCACAAAACUGUGAAGCAUUUCUCAGACACAAGAUGACUCUUAUUUCCCCUUCUAUUCUGAAGAAGUAUGGGAUUCCGUUCGAAAAGAUCACUCAGGAGGCUGGGGAGUUUAUGGUGACUUUCCCAUAUGGCUAUCAUGCGGGCUUCAACCACGGUUUCAACUGUGCUGAAUCAACCAACUUUGCCACACGACGAUGGAUCGACUAUGGAAAACAAGCCAUUCUGUGUUCUUGCAGGAAAGACAUGGUGAAGAUUUCCAUGGAUGUAUUUGUAAAGAAAUUUCAGCCUGAACGGUACGAGCUGUGGUUAGCAGGGAAGGACAAUGCACCCAUUGACCACUCGAAGCCCACACCCGAGGCAGCUGAGUUUCUAGCUGGAGAGGCUGGAAAAAGUGGCGGUCAGGAACUCUGCAUUGACAACCAAAGUAGCGAGGGGCAGAAGAAGAGUAACCUGGCCAAACAAAGAAUAGGAACAAAAAGACACAAAGUGUGUCUGGAUUUACCCGAUGAAGUUCUUCCAAAGAGUGAACUGAAUGAUGAGGAGGCUGAAUAUGGAAAGAAAGGAAGAUUGACUCCAUAUACAGAACAAUGCAGACAGUAUGGAGAAUUGAACAACAAAGACAACCUGCUGUCCAUGAAGGGAUUGACCAGUAUAAAGAUGCUUCCAGUUUCCAAAAGCACUGCCUUUGGGGAGCGUGUCAAGGACACAAGUUGUGGUGCAGCAAACUCCAUUGGUAAAACAAGUCCACCUUCCCCAGUCUGUCCACAGCCCUUCCCAAAGCAUCAUCUCUCAAUCGCAUCUGUCCCUACUGUCCCUCACUGCCUGUCAGCUGUGCCACGGAUCUCCUCCAAACCAGGAGUGGCAAGCCUUCUCUUUCAUCGAACCUUGAGCCCUUCAGAUGCACUGCAGGUUCACAGCUAUGCAGCCAGAUCAACAGUCUAUAAACCUUCACAUCUCAGCACAGAAAAACCUACAGGAGUCCUCAAAGAGCCAGACACCAAACCAGAUGUUAGGCCAAACUUGCACAUGCCAGAAGCAAACACAGUCCAGCAUGAAGUUGAGAGUGAGAAAGAGAACAAUAGUAUGAAGAGAAAACUGCAGCCACUGAGCAAGCUGCCCCGCUUUCAUCCUUUGCUCAGAGAGAGCUCCAAUGAUGACGAGAUCCAGGAUACAGCUGAGCCAGAGGAGACCGAUCCCUGGGCCAGACUCCUCGCUCCCAUGUGGCAAAGCAAGCCACGCAACUUUAGUGCUGAGAAGGAGUUCAACUUGCGCAUUGGCCAGCAGCCUCCAUACUGUGCAAUCUGUUCUCUCUUUUACACAUAUGAACAGAAUGAUGUAAUCAGCCUGAGCCAGAGCAUUUCUGCAGCUGAAGGAGGACACCAGCAGAGGAGCAAACCGCUGAUUCCAGAGAUGUGCUUCACCGGCAGCUCUGAGGGACACCUGUCUACCCCUCAUUUGGAGGAAGACGGCACAAGCCGACUCGUCAGCUGCACUGUGUGCAGCGUGCGCGUACAUAUCAGUUGUUACGGAGUAUCUCGCGACACAAAGCUGGAUGGGUGGAGGUGUUCCCGAUGUGAAGCUAAUGCCAUUGCUCAGGACUGCUGUUUAUGCUCUCUCAGAGGAGGAGCUCUGCAGAAGGCCAACAAUGACAAGUGGGUUCAUGUGUUGUGUGCCGUGGCAGUGCAGGAGGCUCGCUUUGUGAACAUUGCAGACCGCAGUCCUGUUGAUCUCAGUUGUAUCCCACUUCAGAGGUUCAAGCUGAAAUGCCAAUACUGUCGUAAGUGGGUGAUGAGGAUGACAGGUUGCUGUGUGCAGUGCUCUCACGGCCGCUGCUCCACUUCCUUUCACCCCACCUGUGCUCAGGCAGCUGGAGUUCAAAUGCACCCAGAUGACUGGCCUUUCGUCAUCUAUUUCACCUGCUGGAGACACAAGGGUGGCACCCACAUAGAGCGCAACAAGGCAUCUUUGCGGGAGCUGGAGAAUGGACAGAAAGUCAUCUGCAAGCACAGAAAUGGCCGAUACUACCAUUGUGAGGUGGUUGAGCUGACUAAAGCCACCUUCUAUGAGGUCAUCUUUGAUGAUGGCUCAUUCAGUGACAACCUGUUCCCUGAAGAUAUAGUGAAUAGGGACUGUCGGCAACUUGGUCCACCAUCAGAGGGCGACGUAGUUCAAGUGCGCUGGACAGAUAGUCUGAUUUAUGGAGCUAAAUUUGUGGCUGCUCAUGUCAUCCCAAUGUACCAGGUGGAAUUUGAGGAUGACUCUCAGCUUACUGUAAAGAGGGAAGACGUGUACAGUUUAGAUGAGGAGCUGCCUAAACGUGUUAAGGCACGCCUGUCUGUGGCAUCGGACAUGCGCUUUAAAGGAGUGUUUGUGGAGAAGGAGGUAAAGCAGGACUCAAAAAGACAGCGGGUGAUCAACUCUCGUUACAGGGAGGACUACAUUGAACCAGUCAUCUACAGAGCCAUCAUGGAGUAACUGACUCCUAAUCACCAAGUCCCCACAAACUACAUGGUCUACACACAUAUCAGUUUUCCAGCUUCAUUAACAAUACAACAUACAGACAAACAGGCUGGGGCAGAUGCUUGGAUGUUUUAAGAGGACAAACAAAGUCACGAAAUUGGACAACUGCAAAUACAUGUCCACCACUGAGCCUUUUGUUUUAUAAAACAUCUAGAUCAAAUUUUUGACCUUCAGGCUGAGUACAAAUUCUUGCCGAAGUGUUCUUACUGUGAACAACAAUAUCUUCAGCCGGCAAUGGCAUAGAUGAGACUCCAACAAUGAAAUAUUAAUUCGAUCCAAUAGACCAGGCAUGUCUUUUGUAGAAUGUUUGUUUGUUCAGACAGCACACAACUGGCUCAGGCUCGGUAGGAGAGUUGGACAGCUCUCCAACUCCCACUAUCAUCAGUCAGAUGGUAGUAAUGUUUCAACUGUGUUUUUAAAUCACAUCCCUGCGGUACCACUGGUUGACUGCACAUAAACAGACCUUUAGACCAUCAGACUUCUUUUUUUAGGUCUUUAAAGUAAUUUGCAAUAUCUGAAUCUCAUGGAAGAAUCUAGUCUUUAUUAGUAUGAGCAGCUCUUUUGUGUGAUCUACUGUAAAUAUGGGACAUGAUAGGAAACUGUAGCUUUAUACUUGCAUGUAGUUGUAUUCAGGAGCUAAGUUUUGGUUCGGUUUUAUUUAAUUUAUAUUUCUUUUGAAGUGCAAGGAAUGCCAAUUUCCUGAUUGCAUAUUAGUUCUGCAGUUACUUUGUUUGUAAAAAACAAAAACAAAAAAAAAAACAAAUUUAUUUAUGUGUUAAAGCAAGAUUUUCUCUACUUUUUCUACUCUUAGUUGUAUUUCUAUGCCAACACAGUAAAGAGUAACUUGUGGCCAGUCAUGGUCAAAGUGGUGCACUUAUCGAAAAAAAAAAUUAUUUCAUUACUUCCAGUUCAAUAGUGCUAAAGGCAGGGAAGGCAACCUAUCAAGGGCUCCAUUUGGAGAGCGCUAAGACUGGUGCCUAGUUUAAAUUGCAUACAUUAUUUAAUAAAAUGCAUUUGUGGUUAUUCCUUUAGCUCUGUAUAGCAUUAUCAUUUAUAGACCCUUGGCUUUAGUUGUUUUGUGCAGUAGGCAUUACACCCCUUUCGCUUUGACUCUAGAUCCAUAUUGUUAAUUUAAGACUAAAAACUUUAUUUUUAAAUUAAAAAAUGCCUCCCAUCCCUAUGAGAAACUUUGUGAUUUGUCUGAUUUCAGCCUUCCAAGUGUUGAGCGGAUUGACAUCAGAGCUUUCAUCACACCUUUACGACCUGUCUGUUACCAUUACGUGUGUCUGUACAUACUUAAGGGCAAUUUCUGUCUCCCCCUUUCUCUGGACAGUUUAUGCGUUCACUGUCAUAACGUUGAAAGUACACAUAUAUCAACUCAAAAUACACAUAGAAGCUGCCACCUGCUCCCAAACAGGUCAAGCAUGCUUUAUUUAUUUAAAUCAGGUGAAUUCCUUAGGGAAAUCAUCUCCAGCACCUCAGGCAUGUUUUUGUUUCACUAACUGUUUUUGUGUUUCCAAGCUCCGAGAUUAAGUAAAGCCAUUCCAAGGAAGUGCCGUGGAUUGCGAAGGAACUAAUGAGGAAAAUGUUAUUCCGUGGCAGCUCUUCUACCUGACUAGGUUUUAAAUAUUCUUGUGAAGGAAGCCUGAGAGACAGUUACUUGGCUCUGCCAAUUAGGUUACAUUGGAUAAUAAUGCAAAUUAAUAAUAGAAUUUUAGACUGAGUCACGGCCUCCAUAUGCUCAUAGGCCUGCCAGAGGCUGAUAGUAUAUUGCUAUGACUUGUUUUUAUGUCUUUGUACAUUAUUUCCAUUUAAGUGGAUGUCCUAAUUUCAGUUUGCCAGUUACUAAUGGAUUUUUUGUGGACAUCCUGAGCAUUGAAGAUAAUGUUUUGUAUAGACUAAUGUCCUUGGAACUGGUCAGAGAAAUCUAUAUUAUCAGCUCUUUGGGCUUAAUCCCAUUUGUGUUUAUGCUUUAAAGUCAACAUGAAAUGGCCUUCGUUAGCCCAUUUUACUUCAAUAAUCCAUAAUGUUUUUCUGAGUUUAACAGGAUAUUCAACAAUAAAAAGGCUAGGGCAUUAAUUGAUUGGAUCAUGAAAAGUGGGUGUUACUUACCAGAAUGGAGCAAGGCGGGCGUGAAGGGGAAAAUAUUUAUAGGGAUCGGUGGCGCCAGCCCACAUUUUUUAUCUGGAAUGUGGUUCAAGACUAGGAAUGUUAAUUAAAUCAGUGGUUCUCAACCUUUUUGACUUCCAGGCCCCCUUUAGUCCAAGACAAUAUUUGAAGUCCCCCUCCGCCCGGAAAUUAGGAGUGUCAAUAAAUUAAAUGCAAUUAAUUUUGGAAUUCCUGAAGUUUCAGGAACUGUCAGUUUAUAAGAUGUAAGUCUAGAUUUUUUGUUGCAUUUGUAUUAGGAUUGCUUUAAUGUAACUUAUUUUAAAUAAUUUUAGACAACUUGUGGCCUUUUUGGAAAUUUGCUGAUGCCCCCUAGUGGGCCCCGGCCCCCUGGUUUAGAACCACUGAAGUAAAUGGGGUGAAUUUUAAUUUUAUAUUGAUUUUCAGACUGUUCUAAGAAGUUAGCACAAUGCAUUUACUUUAAAUAUUUUAAAUUUAAAUCCCUUUUAAUUCAGAGGAGCAGUACAACUAGUCUAUUCAAUUCUGGUCCUGGACGGCAACUGUUCUGCAGAGUUUAGCUCUAAGCCUAGUUAAAAACCCCUGAAUAGGCUACUCAAGGUCUUCAGGAUUACUUGAAAAAUGCAAGCAGGUGUGUUUGUUUAGCAUUGGAACUAAACGUUACAGUGGCCCUCCAGGACCGGAGUUGAAUACCUCUACAUUACAGCAUUAGCUAAACAGAUACCGUCGUACCAUGUCCUAUUUGAGCUCCUCACACUGAGUCUUUGUGUUGGUCCAAGAUCCCACACUGUUUCCAGGACUGGCACCAUGACCAGCUGUAGCUCUCAUUACAAUCCCCACCUCUACAUCAAUGCAUUCUCAACUGUGGAAACAAGCACUAAAAGCAGAAGUGUUAACAGAGAAAACAGUGCUAAUAGACACCUGUCCCGAGAUCAUCACCACAUUCUAAAAUCUUGAGCACAUGUAGUGAGUUAUAACUCUGUAGGGGGAUCCAUUUUAUCAGAUGAACUGUCUAUCAGGCUGCCAUCUGAAGCACCUGGCCCACUAAUGAGUCUUGUUCCUUCUCCUAAUAAAAUGCAACUAACAAUAUAAUCAUGCGUAAGUAGAAUAGCAAAAUAAAUAGGCUUAUCAACUUUUCAAAGAAAGGAGUCAAAGGCUUCAAUCAAACUACAGUAUUUUGUGCAAAUUCAUCUAUCACUUGGUAGAAGCUAGCCAGAUCAGGCAGAUGACAACUUGAACAGGAUGCGUGACAUCCUCAAAAAAUAAUGAACAAAACUACAUUUGAUUUUUUUUUUCUUUAUGAAAUUUGUUUUUUCAAAACAUGACCCAUGAUGGCACAAAAACAGUGUGUGCCAACAGGGCUGUUUCUGAGCAUACAGAGGACCUAAGCAAAAUGCUACUUGGAGGUGAAUUGUUGACUGCCAAAAGCAUAAAACCAAAAUUCAAGAGACAUUUAGAAACCAAACAUUCCAUAACUAUACAGUCAUAAAUUAUAAAAACUGUAACGACAAUGUAAAACUAAAAAGUCAAUCGGUCUUUAUGUUAAUAAUUUUGCAUACUUUUGGAAGUGGUACUAGUUCAUGGUAAUAUUAAUAAAUAUCAAUAUUAGGUUUUUUGCAAAAAACAAAUUGUAUGAUAAACAAUUUUGUUGUUUCACCACUAUAUCUUGCGUCCCACUUUAUAUUAGGUAUCUUUAACUACUUUGUACUUACAAAAUGUAAGCAUUUGAUAUAAUGUACAGGUGCAUCUCAAUAAAUUAGAAUGUCGUGGAAAAGUUCAUUUAUUUCAGUAAUU